GCUGUCUGUUUGUGUUGUCUGAUCAGUGUGUCAUUGUGUGUCCCCUCUCCCUCCCCCUCCUGCUGCCAGUCACCCCCGAGGCCAUCGGCUUCCUGUCCGCCGUGGGCGUCUUCAUCGUGGCGUUGGCUAUCCUCUUCCUCUUCAUCAACAAGAAGCUGUGCUUCUCCCGUGUCGGCGGGCUGCCCUGCCUGGAGCAACAUGGCCGCCACAAGAGGAGGCGGCAGGGAGUCCUGCAGGGUCUGGUGAGCAGCUAUGGUUACGACGGUGAUGCUGCCUCCAGCUCCUCCGACAGCGAAGACGAGGUCCUGAAGCAGUUUGAGAUCUCCGUGUCUCGCUCGCAGAGCUUCCGUGUGGCGGCAGCUAGCGGCGGUCCAGAGCCGCCCCAUCAGACUCAUCUGCCGCUGAGCCGGCGCCACAAAUUUACCCGCUUGUCCGAGCAGGAAGAGGGCAGCACCGAGCCGUCCGACUGUGAAGACACCUACGGCCGGCUGACUCUGCUGAACUCAGUGGGUCAGGAGAUCGCCCGGUGCAAGACGUCGGUGCGCCGCGGCCAGCCCAACCCGGUCUACAAGGAGACGUUUGUCUUCCAGGUGGCGCUGUUCCAGCUGUCUGACGUCACGCUGCUGGUCUCUAUUUACAACCGGCGCAGCAUGAAGCGCAAAGAGAUGGUGGGCUGGAUCGGGCUGGGCCAGAACAGCAGCGGCAAGGAGGAGCAGCUCCACUGGGAGGACAUGAAGGAGAGCCGGGGACAGCAGGUGUGCCGCUGGCACGUCCUGCUGGAGGCGUGAGGCUUUUCACAGCAGGACCUCCUUCCUCCUGAGGGAGGAGCUUGUAACAAAUGAUGAGGACUCUGAAGCGACACAAAGCUGGUUUGAGCCAUGAUGGAGGUUAAAUUCUCCCUCUUGUGGAGCUGCAUCAUCAUCACCUCCUUCAUUCACACACUCACACACCACAAACUCACACCUUUCAUGUCUGUUCGGUCAUGUGACACCGUUUCUCUGGUGCGCUGGGAAUGUACCCCUCACCUCCUCUGGUCACCAGCUUACUUUUGGUUCGUCCUCAUGAUGAAAAUGAGUUUCUUUAAACAGUUAAACCAGAACCCAACCUGGGUUCAUUACAUCAACAUCACCAAGCAACAGAUUCGGCUACAAAUGUGACACAAAGCAAACUAACGUGGAGCAGUUUACUGGGAAAGAAGCUGCUGUUUGUUUACUUUUUUUAGUAGUUAUGGGUUAGGGGAGGGGUUUCGGGAACAACCUUUGACUGACUGAGACUCCAUACUUUCCAUUUUACAUCCACCCAUGUGUCUCAUGUACUGAAGAUAGACCAACAAAGCCCCACAGUGUCACAGGGACAGUGGUGGAUGCUCCGCCUCUUCCACCUGUCAAAGCUCUUAGCAGCACCGUCAGCUGAGAUCUGAAACAAGCUGUUAUGGUUGCUCAAUCACCUCCCAGGAAGAGCAGGUAUGUUUCAGCGGAGGUGGAGGGUGUCCACUCACCUGGGUACUCGUCUGAAACAGAACUAACGCAAAUGAAGGAACAAAAUGUGAUCAGUAGAGACUCUUGUUCCCCCUGAACUGUAUGAUGAGUGAUGCUGACCUGAUCAUGUGACGAUGAGUACAUCAUGGAGGGACAAGGGGAGUUCUGCAGCUGCUUUCCUCUCAGACUGUUUACAUAAUUUAAAUCUGCAUUUUUUUUGUAAAUCUUAACUUUAUUUGUGCUCUUCAGUUAAUCCUCACAUUAUAGAUUAUUUAACUUUGAUGCCACACUAAAGAACUUAAAGUCAAAACUCCUGGGCUUGAGAAGCGUGACCGUGGAGGUGCGACAGUCAUGAACUGUGAGUCACAGAAUAGGGACCAGCUCUCAUCCACAGCACAGAUGUAUAUUUUAUGCAUGUUGGACUGUUGAACCUGUGAGGAGACCUUCAUGCAUCUGGUGUGUUUUUCAGGUUGUUCUCGUCUGCAUGCUCACUGUAAGACCCCAGCUUGGACUGUAGAUGUGAGACAAUCGGACUAGUCUGAGAAAAACUUUACAAACGAAUGAAGUGCCUGUAACUUUUGGAGAUAAAGUCCACCUGCCAUGUCAGACAGGUGACAUACAUUUGCAUGAAGCCACUGUUGAAAUUGCUGCGUUUGUGGACACUCAGAUGUUUGCUCCUGCACUGCUUUUUUUUUUUUUAUUUAGUUUUGCUGAAGGACAAUGCAAUGCCCCCCAAAGAAUGCAAGAACGAAUGUCAAUAUGGUGAUAAAUGAGGUUUGCAAAGACUGUA